AUGGCUCCGGGAAACGAACGCCUUUGCCGGGCCGAGCUUCGGGACCCCAGGCGUCCCCGCCACGCUCCCGCCCCUCCCCUGUCCCGCGGGAGGGGAAAACAAGACGCCCUCCACCCCAAACCCCACGCCAGGAAGCGGCUGACGCGGCUCCGCACUUCACAUUUUGUUCCUUCAACUUCAGCGGAGGGACCCUGGCGGCUUCUCUCGCCCCCCGACUGCUCGGCGCCGUCCGGCGCUGCCGAGGCCUUACUGGCACCCCCGGGCCGCCCCGCCGGGCCCCGGCCCCGCCCCCCCCCCCCCCGCCCCGGUCUCCCCUUCCGUCCCCUCCCUCCACCAACCGAGGGCGGGAGCCGAGCCACCGCCGCCUUUACCUCCUCCUCCUCAUGCGGGCGGAAGGUGCAUCGAGCGCCCGGGCCUCUGUCAGGUGGUUGCGCCGCCGCCCCUCGUCGGGCUGCACACAAAGCGGCUCCGCGGGUCCCGCCGCCGCCGCCGCCGCCCGCCCGGGAGCGGCGCUGGGGCUGGCGGUGCCGAGGAGGAGCAGCCGCCGCGGGGGGAGACGCGGGGCGAGUGUGCGCUGGGCGGGGAGACACUGCCGCUCUCCGUCUGGCCGAGGAAGAGCAGCCUCAGAGAAGGCACCUCCGGGAGCGUGUGCGCCCGUGUCCGCCCGGGACCCCCGCGGCCCGCCCGCCCACACCUCGCGCGGGCCGGCUCCGCCGACCCGGACCCGGACGCUCCUCGCAGCGGCGCGCGCCCGGCCGUCCGUGCCCCCGGGAGCCGGCUCUUCGCGCACACACCAGCCGGUCACGCGAGCGGUGCGAGAGCACGCGAGAGCAGGGCGCGCGCCUCGCUCCCUCCCCUUCCUCCGCCGGCCGUGCCUCCGCCUCCCUCGGGCCCGAGGCGGCAGCGCGCGAGGCGGACAGCGCCGCCACCCGGUUGGCGCCAAGACUUGCGCCUCUGGGAGGAUUGGACCCAAAGGGCAAGCGAGGAGGGGCCCCUGUGGCGGGAAGAGAACCCGGUCCCAGAGGCCCUUGUGAGGGCACGCAGGACGAACUGAGCUUUACGUUAUGCCGCGAAGAUGAGUUCAUGACUUUUGGGGUUCAUCCUGAGAGACAUGGACGGAACUGGUUGAAAGACGGUUAA